GUAAAAGAUUAUUUUGAGUAAGUCGACACAGUUGAGUAUGUUCAGGACAUUAGAGAUCACGUUGCCUUCAAUUCCAGUUAGAACUUGUGGAAUUUAGAACACGUCUGAUCCGUUAUCAUGACGUCAUUCACGUGUCAUGGCGGCUCCCGUGGCUCUCGUUCAAGGUGCCAGCCGGGGUCUGGGUUUGCAGUUUUGCAAGUACAUUUUACAAAACAAACCUCCGGCGAGCGUCAUAGCAACGUGUCGGAAUCCGGACGGGUCGGUGGCGCUGCAGGGGCUGGCCGCACAACACCCGGAUCGGCUGACGGUGCUGCGGCUGGACGUCAACCGCGAAGAGGACGUCCGGGAGGCGGCCGAGGGGGUGAAGAAGAGUUUCGGGCGGCUUGAUUUGAUGGUCAACUCGUCGGCUUUGCUUCACCCGUCUGGGAAAGGAGAGACCAGCCUGAGGGAUGUUUCUGCACAGGGCCUCAUCGCCACGUUGACAACCAACACCGUUGGCCCGCUGCUCAUGGCCAAGUAUUUCGCCGCCCUUCUGCAGAAGGGCGGCGGCGGCUUCGGUCGGCAGCCGGCGGACCGGGCCAAACGGCACAGCGGCGUCAUCGUCAACAUCACCGCCAAAGUGGGCUCUAUUGGCGACAACGGUCUCGGCGGCUGGUACAGCUACAGAAUGUCAAAAGCGGCUCUCAACAUGGCCACCAAAAAUCUUUCCAUCGAGCUGGGACGCGGUCGACCCAAGGUUUUAUGCGUGUCCUUGCAUCCGGGAACGCUGGACACGGACCUGUCGCGACCGUACCACCGGAACGUACCCGAAGGGAAAUUAUUCAGCGCCGAACGCUCCGUGGAGUGCCUGAUGGCCGUCGUGGAAGCGCUGGAUGGGGAAAAGACGGGCAACGCCUACAGCUGGGAUGGCACUCAACUGCCCUGGUAGCAAAAACAAUCAAGGCACAAUUAUGAAUAUGAGCUUUGCAUAUUUUUAUUUUAAUGGGAUUCUCAAUGAAUUGUUUGACCUACACAUUAUGGGGUAAUGUGUUUUUUUUUUCAUUAUACAGUUGUGCUUGUAAGUUGACACUCCCUGGCAGAUUUUUUUUUUUUUUAAAUAUUGCUAUUUUUGGGGAACGUGGGCAUGAGCCAUCUGGUUAUUUUCUUUAUUUUUUUUCAUGUAAUGAUAUGCUAUUCAGAAUGCCUCAUAUUUUCAUUUUAAGCAUAUUAAAAUACAUGGUUGGCCUGAUCACUGUUUACAUGUUGUAAAUUCUGCCAAGUUUGGUCAACAAAUGAGCACAAGCGUGUAUUGCAGUGUGAUAAUAAUUCCAAGUGCAUUAACUCCAAAUGGUUAUUGUGCAUCAUUUCCCACCAGAGGUCGCACUUGUGUUAGUUUUCAUCUAUAUCCAAUGUUAUGAUAUUCAACCAAUUAAUUUGAUCUUUUUUUUUCAUAUUCACUCUUGUCAUUCGAACCAAUAAACCAAUCAGCUUUU